AACGGGGUUGGCUGGCCCGGCCACCUCAGGUGACAAGCUCAGGUGACAGCAGACUGUCCCAGAAGGGCCCAGGGACUCGUCCAAGAGCGGGGGGAGAGCUGGCCCCUCUCGGCCAUCCUGUCCUGUCACCCAUCCCGGCCAAAUCUGAAAGGGAAAAUGAAAGAGGGACCAGGAGGAGCAGGUCCCAGCCAUCUCCCAAGAUCCCUCUCUCAAGUCUAGCACCUCAGCUCCGGCCACGGCGUCAUGGGGGAGUGGGCAUUCCUCGGCUCGCUGCUCGACGCGGUGCAGCUGCAGUCGCCGCUGGUGGGCCGCCUGUGGCUGGUGGUCAUGCUGAUCUUCCGCAUCCUGGUGCUGGCCACCGUGGGCGGCGCGGUGUUCGAGGACGAGCAGGAGGAGUUCGUGUGCAACACGCUGCAGCCGGGCUGUCGCCAGACCUGCUACGACCGCGCCUUCCCGGUCUCCCACUACCGCUUCUGGCUCUUCCACAUCCUGCUGCUCUCGGCGCCGCCGGUGCUCUUCGUCAUCUACUCCAUGCACCAGGCCAGCAAGGAGCCGGGAGGCGCGGCCGCGGAGAAGGGGACGCCGUGCGCGCGGGGCCUCCCGGAGGGCCCGUGCCCGCCCUGCGCCCUGCGCGCCCGUCGCGCGCGCCGCUGCUACCUGCUCAGCGUGGCGCUGCGCCUGCUGGCCGAGCUGGCCUUCCUGGCCGGCCAGACGCUGCUCUACGGCUUCCGCGUGGCCCCGCACUUCGAGUGCAGCGGCCCGCCCUGCCCGCACACCGUGGACUGCUUCGUGAGCCGGCCCACCGAGAAGACCGUCUUCGUGGUCUUCUACUUCGCCGUGGGGCUGCUCUCGGCCCUGCUCAGCGUGGCCGAGCUGAGCCACCUGCUCUGGAAGGGCCGCCCGCGCCCAGCGGCCGAGCGCGACAACCGCUGCAACCGGGCGCACGAGGAGGCCCAGAAGCUGCUCCCGCCGCCGCCGCCGCCGCCGCCAGCCCUGCCCUCCAGGCGGCCCGGGCCCGACCCCUACGCCCCGCCCGCCUAUGCGCACCGGGCACCGGCCGGCGACAGCGAGGGUGGCAGCGGCCGCAGCAAGGUGUCACUGGCCACGGUCCGCCAGGACCUGGCCAUCUAGAGCUGCCUCGGACCGAGGGUGAGGUCAGAGCCCCAACCCCGCCACCGCGGCCCGCACCGCAGAAGCAAGCAGGCAGUGGCUUGUGCUGGAUUUGCUCCCAGGACGCUGCCUGGGCAGAAGGCACGCGCUGGCAGGUCCCCGGGGCAGCUCUCCUUCGCACGUCCCUCGUGCGCCCAGCGUCCGGGGCACCGAAUGAACCGAGGCCGGUGGGGAUGCCGCGUCCCAGGUGGGAAGGAAGGAGGCGGGCGGGGGAGGAGGUACAGGGCAGGAGGCUGACAGUGGUCGGUGAGAGCGGAGGGAAAGUUGUCUCACCGAGGACAGAAACAACUGUGACACCAGCAUCCCAGCACACACCCUGUGUGGGCAUGCGUGUGUCCUGUGUGAGCUCCGUGAGCUCCCGACCUGCAGGGGCAUCCCAGGGAGGGACCGUCUCUGCCCACGAGGGCACCCACGCAGGGAGGGGGGCAGGGCAGGGGCCCGCCACCCUGGUCUGUCUGCAGGGCGCGUGAGCGCCAUCCACACCCGCAGGUGCCAGGGUUGCAGGCUAGGUUCCUAGUGGGGAAGCAACCACACAUUGAUGUUUCUCUCCCUUUCUUUCUCCUUCCCUCCCCUUCUCUCUAAAAAUAAAAAUUUAAAAAAUCUUAAAAGAAGUAGAAGGAAACAGGUGGAAUUAAUUUAGCAAUAAAUUUUCUGUAAGCCAAUACAACCAAAGAUGCCGGCACAUCAUCCGUAUAAAAAGUACCAAGGAGAUAGUUUAGAUUCUUUGCGCUGUCUUGGGGACCCUGUGUGGAUUUCGCACUUGGCUCAGGCCGGACCGGCCACAGGCGAAGACUCAGGUGCCACAUGUGGGUGCCGCCACCGUGCGGAGCGGAGCGGACCCAGGUGAUGGUCUACUAUGGCAAACGAAACCUGCCUUCGCAGAGCUUACAUUCUGGUGGGGAAGGCAGAUGAUAAACACAGGAUGUGCCCCCAGGCCAAGGUAAGGGGAGAGGGAGUGACAUCCUUGAUCAGUGACACGUAACAGCAGGUAGCAAGGGGCUGGCCAGGAAGUUGUGGCCAGGAAGAGCAUUCCAGUUGGAGGGAGUGGCCAGUGCAAAGGCCCUGAGGCUCAGGAGUACUCUGGGGGUGUCUGAGGCCAGCAGGGAUGCCAGUGUGGCUGGGGUGGAGUGGGGUGAGGCACAGGGAAGGUGGGGGUCACUAGCACCCCAAAUGCAACCACAACUUUCUUUUUUAAAAAAGAUUUUAUUCUUUUAGAGAGGGGAAGGGAGAAAGAGAGGGAGAGAAACAUUAAAUGUGUGGUUGCCUCUGGCGCGCCCCCUAUUGGGGACCUGGCCCGCAACCCAGGCACAUGCCCUGACUGGGAAUUGAACCAGCGACCCUUUGGUUCACAGGCAGGCGCGCAAUAACCUCAACUUUCCUA